UGGUAGUUGUUUCAUUCCGUUCCAUUCUUCCUCUCCUCUCCUCGAUGCCUGGCGCCUCCGUUUCCAGCCCCUCCGCGUCUCUAAUUCCAGACCACGAUUCGAAGGAUUUUGCUCCACCGGUAAAGAAAUUGAAAGUUGAAGAAGACAACACUGAUUCCGCAAUUGAUUUAACCCCUAGAGAAGCUUUCGAAAUCUGGUGCGAUAUAUAUGGAAAAAAAUACCCUAACAAAGACGAGAAAGAUCGGAGGUUCGAGAGUUUCCAGCAAUCUCUUGAUAGGACCAUCCCCUCAACCUCAAGUCAUGCUAUCAAUUUUCCGCUUCUUGCUGAUCGAACCGCAGACGAAUUUGAUGCGUUCAGAACAAAAUUUCCGAAGGAUUGUUAUUCUUCUGUAUCCCGCAAACAACUCAAGGCUCCAAUUCCAAUUCCAGAAGAUUCCGAUCCUGAACUUGUUGCAGCUGCUGCGAUGGAUAUAACCCCAGAAGAAGCUUUCAAAUCCUGGCGCGAGGUGUGGGAGAAAGAAUACGCUAACGAAAAGGAGGUAGAAGACAGGUUCAAUGUGUUGAAGCAAAAUCUUGUUUUAACCCUCCCCCCAAAGGGUGUGAGUUAUCCGGGUUUUGCUGAUAUAACUGAAGAAGAAUUUAAAACAUUAGUUGACCGGCCUGGUUAUUAUAAUCGUAUAACCCUCCUAGAUGUCAAAUUGGGUGUUGUGUUGCUAUCCAAAUGGAGAUGCUAAGGGUUCAUGGGGGGCUUAUGGAGGGUAUCAUGUAGAUUUUUUCUGUUUGUGGUUGUUCUUAGCAGUCAUGGAACAUUUUAUUUUACAUAUAUGUUGUGAGACCAUCAUUUUAUUUUACAUAUUUGAUUUGAUUCGUCUA